UUUCAUGUUCAUUUAUGAUCAGUAAGGAAGUCACUUAUAAUAUAGAUGGGGAGAAGUUCACUUACUACCAAACAGCCACAAAUGUUGUUCAACUUUGGCAGUCACUACGUGUGUAUUUUGUAUGUACUAAAAUUGAAUAAAAGAAGAAUAAAAAAAAAUUCACUUACUAAUCAACAUCAAAAGAGAUAUUUAUAAUGAUGUUUAAGCCUAAAAGAUGUUUUUUGAUCAUUGGUAUCAUUAUAUUGUCUAUAGUUGGACUUCUAAUUCAGUCAGAAUACACUGGACUUACUCAAACUUUAGAAUCAAUAAAGAAAUCCACACAUAAAGACUUGUCUGCGGAUACGACAAGACCCCAGCUUACAAGAUACACAAAACAGGAUGAAAAUCAAACGUUUGCGAUUCAAGCAAAACUGGGAAAAUUAGAUCAGCCUAUUUCAAAAAAUAAAUCAAUAGAUGCUAUUGAAGUACCAACUAAUACAACACAAAAUAACACAAAAUUGACUUCCGUGAAACUAGCGACUACAAUCCCUAAAACAAUACCAGCUACAAAAUCUGUAACCACCAUACCAGGUAAAACUAUUAGGAGUAGUAAUGAGAUCUCUCAGGCUCGUAAAGUUGACUCUGACAAAUAUAUCGUAUUUUUGUGCACUGGGGAUUAUCUGUGUGGCGGUUUAGGAGACCGACUAAAAGGAAUCCAAAGUACAUUUCUUCUUGCAUUGGCACUGAAGAGAAAAUACCGGAUCAUAUCAACAGUACCUUGUGAUUUAUAUAAUCAACUUGAAGAAAACCAGGAGCCCUGGCAUGGACCUAUUACGCCUGGUCUAAAAAAUAAAACUAUAUCCAUGAUAGAUGGAUACGCAUCAUGUGGUAAUGCAAUAUUCGGUAAAACAAAUACAACAAAGGUAGAUUUUGAUGAAAAGUUUCCUGAACCUGUCCUACUCAUAAGAACAAAUCAAGGAUGGACGCAUAGAUUCCAUGAGGAACCAUAUAAAACAAUGCUCACUAGCAUAGGUUUAGAUAUCACACAUUUUACCGCAAAAAAGAUAAUCUCGAAGGUCUAUAAUCACUUGUUCAAGCUUAAACCGAAUUUGUUGUCACGGCUCCAUGAAUUCCUAAGUAGGAUUCGGUCGAAGCCUGGUAUGAAACUGGUGUGUGCCCAGAUAAGGAUCGGCUAUAACCCAUCCAUACCACAUGAAACAACGAAGAAAAAAAGAAACAAAGAAGAAUGGUUACCAGUUCUUUGGGAUUUCCUUUCUUUAUAUAACAUCUCAUCAAAAUAUAAUCUUUUCAUUACAACAGACUCGCAGGAAAUACGAGACAACUCAAAGAAACUUUUUCCCGAAAUUAUUAUGGACACGGAAGGAGAAAUUACACAUGUUGAUAGGUUUGAAAACAAAAGCAAGGCUUGUGAAGGGAUGGCGAAAACAAUCUUAGAUUUUACGAUUCUCGCUAAUUGUGACAUCACAGUUGUUAGUAGAAGCAAUUUUGGGAAGCUUUCUUCAGAGCUCCAGUCGCCCGCGUCCAAGCUAUACAUUCCAAGAGGGGAUAAUACACGAGGGGCCAGAAGGAAGCCAGGUAGGAAAGGUGUUUAACAGAACCACAAAAGCAUUCACAGAUGACUGCAGCAAAGUACAUUGUCCUCCACCAAGGAACACAAAAUGUGCUGAUUAAUAGUGACUAACACAUCACCAGACAAUCCUGUGACAUCAUCAUCUAGUCAAACUAGUCUCUGAGGGCAUCAUUAAGUCAAAAAAAUAAUAAAAUUACCAAGUCACAUUACCCUCUGACAAAAUCAUCAAGUCACAUUACCCUCUGAUAAAAUCACCAAGUCAUAUUACCCUCUGACAAAAUCACCAAGUCACAUUACCCUCUGAUAAAAUCACCAAGUCAUAUUACUCUCUUACAAAAUCACUAAGUCAUAUUACCCUCGGACAAAAUGAUCACAGUCAAAUUAUUCUCAAGACUAUAUCAGAUGACACUUUUGAAGCAAAACACAUUAUCUUUUUUAACACUGUUGAGAAGAUUGAACAAAGGACACACCAUUUUAAUAAUUAAAUGUGCCACUUAAAUGUUGUUUUAGCACAUUAAAAAAAAUUGCAUCCUAAGUGACACCAUUUUGAUGUCACUCACUCUCUGUGCUUUCUGUGUUGUGUUCUGAUGUUUUCUUUGACAUUAAAUUGUUCAUUCAUAAGGUAGAAAAUAUUUUAUUUUUAAAAACUCAUGGUAUUCUUCUGCUAUGUAAAAGCUCUAAAAUUCAUAUUUGACCAGACAUACACUGUAUAUUUAUCCAGUUUUUCAAUAGACUGUACAGCAGUAAAUCUAUUGAGAGUUCACUUUAACUCUCAUUACUUAAAUAUUUGAAGAUUACAACAAUAUCAAAUAAAUGCAAGUGGCCUUCGCCUUAAUACUAGAUUGAUGGGCUUGACCAAAAUAUCAAUGUACUUUGUGAAACAAAUCUAGCAAAAGAUUAGCUCCUCAAUCCAACAUUAAAUACACCCUAUCAAAUAUUAAAGUUAUAUGACCAAAUAUCCAAUUACUUUUCAAGUGAUUUUCAGUAUUGAAAUAAAGCUGGCUUUUCCCCUGCAUUGACGCUAUAUGUUUCACAUAAAAUAACACUCUGAUACUUGACCUGCACCCAAACUCCAAAAUAUAUUCAUUAUGACAGGUUGAUUACUUAUUGUUUGCUAGUUAAGUGUAUUUCUUCAAACAACUUAGCAACACUUUACAAUACAAUGUAAAUGGUACAUAAUGACAUAUA